AAGGUCAUACUCAUGCAGGGUGAGCUGCUGUUGGCACUAUUCAUUGUGCAUUCUGUUUUCUAGCUGCCGCAGUGAUGGGGACCAACGACAUUGAACGUCGAAUUCUGCGCAUUCCGUUGGUUGACACAACAGUCACCGCGGAUGAGCGUGCGGAUUUCGCAGCAUCCUUUCGUUUCGAGCUGCUGCCCGACGACGUUCAGCAGCAAGCCGCGCACCUGCGACGCAGUCUAGCGCAAGAGCGGGAACUGCAAGCGCUUGACCAGGUGUCACAGAAACAGCACAACGCACCUCCGCAGGACAGCGGGAGUGGCGCGGACGAAGUCUUUCAUCGGCCGCGAGAGCUUUUCUGCGUCAAUGUGUUUCAGCUGGGUGAGCACGUUUUGGAGCGCAUCAACGAUGGCGCCGUCUUGAAUUCAGGGGAUGUCGUUCCAUUUUUGCGUCCGGGCAGUACGUCCCAGAUUGACGACAAUAAUCUGCUACUGUCGAAUGAGAACAAACUGGCGAUCGCAGCACCGAGCAAUGGGGAUGAAAUACUAAUCCGGCGCCGUGCCACUCUUGCGGCAUUGUCAUCUGGGAGGUUGACUACUGCGCAAAAUGGAGGCCGAAUCAGCAUCAAGGACCUCGGAAUAAGAACGAGCGCACUUCUAGACGACGAGGGUGCGAGAUGGUGCCGACAACUGACGCUGGUCGCGGAAUUCCAAAACCCAAGUGGCAUGCAGCUCUCGACGCAUCCGAGCACUGGCAGCAAUUCUCGGAGAGGACAAGCGCAGGCGCAACUCAUCCCGGUCGCCGCGGCGCACCACUGUGUCCCCCUGGACGUCGUGCAGCGAAACCCGGCGCUAGUUUUCGAGGUUGCCCCGCGACCAAAGUUCACUGUAGGCCUGAAUCCAGCCCCCGCAAUGGCGUGCAGCACCGUGAAGCGGCAGGGUCAGAGCUCCUCGUCCACCGCUGCGACGACCCGGCUACUGGGAAUGCUGCAGUACUAUCGUCUGCCCGAAGUGCGGUUUCUGCCCUCGCUACUCCAAGUUCCGGUCCGAACCUUCCUCAACCCGGGGUGGACAGAGUGGCUCCCGCUGGAGUGUGACUACUGCUUGCCAGGGCAGGCCUACCGCAUCACGGUGCGGGAACUGGAUAUUAGCUUCGCCCACUGCGCCGGCGAUCUGUCGUUGCGACAGGUAGGAGGUUCCGACCCACCGCUCGUGAAAACGCGACUGGUUCCAGAACAAGGUUCGUCGACGUCUCCGGGGAACAAGUCGACGCGGCGCGCGAUUUCUUCGGUGAGUUCCGCCAGUACUAGCAGACGAACGGAUACCUCAAACGGAACAGUAGACCAAAAAAUGCGGAGGCUCGGCUCCGCCGGUGGUCCUCUCCAUCCGCUGUUUGACCUCGGCCGCGACUGGAUGUUGCACUGUGAGCUCCGAAACCCGUGCAGUCCGUCACACAGUCAACUGGUACACCAGAUAAAAGUGAUCGGGGACCAGCCACGCCCGGAAGGCAAAAGUUCCGAAAAAAUGACCCCCGCUGGAGACAAAGAAAAGACAACCUCAAGCAGCUCCCCUGCGAAGGAUUUGCAGUGGAUUCUAAACCCACGUAUACAACUUUCUAAAGUGGCGGCGCAGGCUCUGCUGCCGACGGAUUCGACAAGCAAACCAUCGGAUAGUGAAACCUUUCCGUCGUGGACGAGCUACGGCCACCCGAGGUAUGUGAUCAACGGCGACCGAGUGGUGACGCCGAAGGAUACCAGCUCGGGGUCGAAAAUCUUCAAGCGCUACUACGAGGACCACCCCGCGGGCGGCAUGGAACUGCUCUUCCCGCUCGAGUCCGGGCACCGCAUGGACACCCGGGAACGGCGGCGGUGGCUGCACCGACGAUUGGUGGUAUGUUUUCAGCCGGACGCGGACCUCCACCCGGACGUGGGCUUUUUGAUCGGGUACGCGGCUUUUCACGGCGACGCCCGCGAUACGGAGGCCUUCGUCUUCGGCAUAGUGUUUCUCGCCAUCCUACUGCCACUGGUUUGCAUUGUAAGCAUGGUUUUGCACAGGCAGAAGUGCGUCAAUCUUGCGAAGCGGCACAAGGCCGUGCGGUUUUGGAUGGAACGCCAAAGGCUACAAGAGGAACUGAUUGCAGUUCGUGAUAUGAGAGAAGAAAUGGACUCGCCCCCAUCAACAUCACCAGCUAGUAGCAACCUGGAAGUCGAGUGACUUCUAGUCCGUCGUCCACUGUGAAGGUUACUGAACAAAAGUUGUUGGAUCGGCUGCGAAGUUUCUAUGGUUUCUGGGUUGUUCUCUGUGGUGUUUUCUGUACUUACACCUUGCC